CGAGUAAUUUACGAUUAUGAGAGUUAACGAUGCGAGUAACAUUGUCUGUCCCCACUCAUGUAUCCGUAAUCAGGAGAGAGAUGAUUGCGUCUAGAAAAAUGUUUGUGUGGUUUAAGUUGUAAAUUUUCGUCUAAUUGUGGAAUUUCUGUUGUUAUACUAACAAACUCUUUUGUUGUUAUUUGGAAACGGAAUCGCAAAGUGUAAAUUUGUUUGAAAGAUGUAAAAAAUGAAUCAAGAAUGCUAAUUUCGCAAACUUCGGUGUGUUCGUUAAGAGACUGUACGGACAUCAUUCGUUUCUUGCAGGAUGGACAAUUAUGUUCCAGCACACGAUUGACUGUUGGUUUGUAAGGAUUAGAUGAUAUUGUGAUGUUGGCUCCAUGGAAUUGAUCAAUAAAAUGUCCAUCUUCAUUCGUUUCGUCUUCAAGUUCUUCAAUUUCACGUUUAGUUAUUUUUCUUUGGU